UCCGAAGGAAUUGUUCUUAGAGGGCGGUAUGAGUAAUUUAGCAAUAUCUCGUGUCACACCCUGGCGGCCAUUUUGAUAAACCGGUCGAAUAGCAGUGAAUGAGUUCAAUAUUGGUUAAGUGGAUAGUAUUGUUGUAGGUUUUCUAAGGGAGUAGCAGGAGUUUUUAACGCUCCCAGAUAGGGAUUUACAGAUUUUAUUUGUGUGUAGUUACUUUAUAUAAAACAAAACAGACAAAAUGCCAAAAGCAGUCAAUGUGCGGGUUACGACCAUGGAUGCUGAGUUGGAGUUUGCCAUCCAGCCCAGUACCACAGGCAAACAGCUCUUUGAUCAGGUUGUUAAAACAAUCGGUCUUAGAGAGAUUUGGUUCUUUGGUCUACAGUAUGUCGACAGUAAAGGUUAUACCACAUGGCUGAAACUAAACAAAAAGGUUUUAAGUCAAGAUGUUAAAAGAGAAACACCUCUACAGUUUAAAUUUAGAGCAAAAUUCUUCCCAGAAGAUGUGUCAGAAGAACUCAUUCAAGAUAUCACACAGAGAAUGUUUUUCUUACAAGUAAAAGACUGUAUUUUAAGUGAUGAGAUCUACUGUCCACCAGAAACCUCAGUGUUAUUAGCAUCAUAUGCCUGUCAGGCCAAGUUUGCUGACUACAAUAAAGAAACUCAUCCUAAUGGAUUCUUAGCAAAUGAAAGAUUAUUACCACAAAGAGUGAUGGAACAACACAAAAUGACCAAAGAACAGUGGGAAGAAAGAAUAACAAACUGGUGGAGUGAACAUCAAGGCAUGCUCAGGGAAGAUGCUAUGAUGGAAUAUUUAAAAAUAGCCCAAGAUCUAGAAAUGUAUGGAGUUAAUUACUUUGAUAUCAAAAACAAAAAAGGAACAGAACUGUUAUUAGGUGUAGACGCUCUUGGUCUCAAUGUCUAUGAAAAAGAUGAUAAACUUUCACCAAAAAUAGGUUUCCCAUGGAGUGAAAUUAGAAAUAUUUCGUUUAACGACAAGAAAUUUGUAAUUAAACCAAUUGACAAAAAAGCUCCAGAUUUUGUGUUCUAUGCACCUAGACUACGAAUUAACAAAAGAAUCUUAGCUUUAUGUAUGGGUAAUCAUGAACUAUAUAUGAGGCGAAGGAAACCCGAUACAAUUGAAGUACAACAAAUGAAAGCUCAAGCCAAGGAAGAUAAAAUGUCAAAACAACAAGAAAAACAGAGGUUAGAGUCAGAAAGAGUAGCCAGGGAGGAGGCAGAGAGAAAACAACAUGAAAUGGAAGAAAAAUUACGGAAAUUUGAGGAGGAGAGUGAACGGCGAGGAAAAGAAAUGGCUGAACAAGAACAAAGAUUAAGAGACAUGAACGAUGAAAUGGAAAAUUACAAAAGACAACAAGAAGAGCUUGAAGAACAGAGGAGAGCUGCAGAUGAGCUUCGUAGACAGUAUGAAGAGGAUGCACACAUGGCACAGGAAGAAAAAGACAGACUUGCCCAACAAUAUGCUGAUGCUCAAGAAGAAAUUCAGAGAAGUAUGGCAACUUUGGAAGAAAAAGAAUCUGAGAUGAAUGUUAUGCAGUCAAGCUUAGAACAAGCACAGAAAGAUCGUGAAGAAAAAGAACAAGCUCUAAUUGAAGCAAUGAAUGCUAUCCAUGUCCGUGAAACAGAACAUGAAGAAAACACAGUAGAGGAAGUUAACCAUGAAUAUAGCGAACACGUUUCAUCAUCAGUGGACACCAUGCAUAGCGUUGAAAUGACAUUUGAAAAUGAUUACGAGGAAAACACUGUUGAGGAAAUGAACCAUGAAUACAGUGCUGAUCUAGCUAGUUAUGAACAGGUAGAUGAUUUACCCAGACCCGAGGAAGAAAGACUUACAGAAGCUGAGAAAAAUGCCCGCAUGAAGGCUCAACUUAAGUCACUACAAGAAGAGCUUCAGGAUACAAAAAUAGAUGACAAAGCAACAGCCUCUGAUUUGUUGCAUGCUGAAAAUGUUAAACAAGGAAGAGACAAGUACAAGACACUGAAGCAGAUACGACAAGGAAAUACCAAGAAAAGAAUUGACGAAUUUGAAAGCAUGUAAAAAAUUGUACACUUUAUAAUAUAAACAAGUCAAAAACUGUGAUUGCAUAUUUUUACCAAGCUGUUUUGUAUAAUGUAUGAAAGAUCAAGAGUACAUAAUCCUAUGGAUUUUCACUUUCUGUGUGUGAAAAUGAACAAAUUCUUAUCAUUUAGAUUUGUGCCUAAAUUAAGUAUGAAAUGAAAUUUGAGUUUCUUUUUUCAAGAAGUUGUUUAAGUCUGUUAGUUAUAUAUUUAUGCUGAUACUAUAGUGCAACAAAUCUCAAUAAGCCUGUGUUCAAAUAUUUCAUUGCAUUCCCAUAUUAAAAAAAUACUAAGGAAGUAGAAAUAUUCUCUUGAAUAAGGGACAGCUUGGAAUUUAUUGAUAUUAGCCACGUGUAAAUAUGCCAGAUGACUUUAAAGUCUAAAAUAUCGUCUCAAUUGCUUUGAAUUCUACUUCGUUUCAUUUUGGAUGAUUUAUGAGGCUUGUUUUGGAUACUUUGUGGGGAAAAAGUUAUACAAAAUUUAACCAAGUCACUUUUUCUUAGUUACUGCAGCUAAUUAUGGUGCUGAUCAAUAGGAAAGUAGAAUUUUAUUUAUAGUUUUGAUUGAUCUUUAAAUAAGUAAUCAGGAUUAUAUCUCAUUUGUACAAUGCAUUUAAUUAGUCAAAUAAACAUAGAUCAUGACUAGAGUUUUAUUAUAAUUUUAUUCCACACAGUAUAAAAACUGCUGUUUAAAUGGCAAUUUUUUUUUCGGCAUGAGAAUUAUGCAUACAUUUGAUUAUAACUUAACAGCCAAAAGUUUUCAAGAAUAGAUGAUAAUUUUAGCAAGGAUGCAAUGUAACUAUUUACAGGAAAAGUGAAAAUUAAAGCACUUCAGAAAUAAGAUGUAGGCUAGCCUAAAUAUGUAAGUUAUUGGUUGUAAUAUCCUCUUAAAAAACUUUUUUUAUUGUUUGAAACAAAUAAAUCUAUGUAAUCGGACAAAAUUAACUGUACUUAGUCUAUAUAGAAUGUAUAUUAGAAACCAAUUGUUAUAAUUUAAUGCUUGUAUGAUUAACAUUUUAUUCUCAUUCAAGAUGGUCAGAAUUUAAUGUGCAUAUCAGUUUCUUUUUAUUUUUGAUUAUUUAUAAAAUUGAUUAAUAUCUUUUGUCUAAUCUAUCAUGUCAUUUUCAUUAUCUGCUAGGACAUAAAAGUGCAAGCUUUAUACAUUGUAGUUUUUAUUAUAUACUGACAUUUGUGAUUUUAUUUAGCUUCGGCUAGUUUGUGUAAGGCAUUCUCGACAAAAAUGAUAUAAGUGAUAAUUACAAAACUUACAAAUUGAUUGACUAAAAAUUCCCGAUGAGGUUCUUUAUUCAGCUUUUACUGAAUAAGUAUCUGUUGUUUUAUUAAGCAUGCUGAAGAAAUAUUCUUUGUAUGUUGUGAGCUAGUAUCACAGCUGUGGAUAAUGGCACAAGAAAUGCAGAACUGGAUAAUUUGAAGAAAAAAUAUAUUUUUGUACUGUUUUUAUUUUAGUUAAAUGCCAGUUUUGCCUAAAGUUAGACAAAUUCACUUGUCAUUCCAUUGUGUGGUAUAUAUAUAUAUCAAAUAUAUAAAAGUUUAUUUGUUUUGAGGAGUAGUUUAUAUAAUCUUUUUCUGUCUCAGGGAUGUAUGGUCUACCAUGGUGUAUGCUCGUUUUCUGUAAAGUCACAAACCUAUAAAAUUGUUAAACACCUAUAACCAUACUUGACUGAUUGUUUCUGGAAGUGACAUUUUUUGGCUUUGAGUUUUGAUUUUAAAGACACCUUUCAGUUAAGAAUGAUUUGUUUAUUUUGCUUUGAGUAUUAUUCCAAACUUUGUAGAUAAAACUCCUGAAAUUUCAUAUUAACAUAUGGUACAGGUUCUAGAUAUUUUCAAGAAGUAAACUUUGUUUUUGUUUCAGCCAUAAAUCAAAUAAAUGGAAAUUGAAGUACCACCUAUUAGAGUUUAGAUAAGAUGUUUUUUUUUUUACUAAGCUUCUGUUUGUGUUUUGACUAGACCAUUGUCUCAUUGUCACUAUCAUAUCUAAUUAUAAUGAUGAAAUGCAAAUUAUCAACAAGAAAUAAAAUUCUACUAAACUAUAUAA